UUACAGUGUCUGAUGUAUUGUUCACAAGUAGUUAUAUAAGUUUUUAAAAGUUUUUGUGUACCUGUUAGAUCAGCAUUUUCAUACAUUUUAAUCAAAUGUAUCUCUUAUAUUUCAUCUAGAAUUCACAAAUAUAAAAAUUGUUUAGCCUACGAGAAAGUAACAGUAACUAAUUUAAAGUUUAAUUUUAUUAUUUCAUAAAAAUAUAUAGUGCAAUAAUUUAUAAGUUUUAUUAUGGACGGUGCUAAAUCAAAAAAUUAUCCGUUUAUUAUAACCCCAAUUAAGAAGAUCGUUGGUAAUCGACUUCCAUCAAAACGUGAAGUUCUUGGCUAUUUUCUAUAUUUUCCUAAUGUUAACAAAAAGACAAUAUCAGUUAGUGCUUCAAUGUGUGCGACACAUUUGAUUGAAAUAUGGUCAAAAACAAAUAUUUUAAUAAAGCAUACUUGUCACAUAGUUACACGAAUAAAAAAACUCCAUACUAAAUGGAUGAAUGUAAAUAAAAAUAAAAAUAGAAUUAGUACUACUCAAAAUAAUGACGAAGCCGCAUUUGUAGAGUCAUUAAACUACUUAUUCGAUAUUAGCCUUGCUAAUGCAUUAAAUUCCGAUUUGUCAAAAGAAGAGAAAGACUUCCUUGUUACUCAGCGUGAAAUGGAUUGCUCUAGGACCGUAAUUCCAAAUUUCAAAAAAGUUAUACCCAAAAAUACUCGUUCAAAUAAUAAAAAAGUUAUUGAGUUUAAAGAACUUGAACGUCGCACAGGAAAAAAAUUAGAAAGUCUAUCAAGUACCGACGAUAGCUCACAUAAUACAAGUCACUCAGAAUUUGAAUGCGAUAUUGAAAAACCAACAACAAGUAAAACACGUUUAAAAAUUAUGACACCACACCUAACAUCGGCGCUUGAUAGAACUAACGUAUCUAACCGAAAUGCCACAUAUAUUUUAGCAGCGAUUUUAACAAAUUCAGAUACAGAAAUAAAAGACGUGUCAAUUAGCAAAGACACAAUAAGAAGAGCUCGCAUUAGUGAUAGAAAAAUUAUAUCAGAAGAAAUAUUAAAUUUAUUUAAACCUCAUUGUACAUUAAUGGUUACAUUGGGAUUACAUUCGGAUGGGAAAAUGUUACCAUCUGAUAAAAAAUAUGUUGUCGAUAGAUUAGCUGUAAUAGUGUCUGUUGACGGAAAUACAAAGCUUCUUGGUGUACCAUAGUUACUUAAGACAACUGGACAAUCAGUAGCAAAUGCCGUUGUAAAAUUAUUAUUAGACUGGAAUUUAGUUGAUCGCACCACUAUGAUGUGUUUUGACACUACAGCUUCUAAUACAGGAUAAUUAAACGGUGCAUGCACUUUGAUAGAGAGUAAAUUAGAUAAGAAAUUACUGAAUUUUGCAUGCAGGCAUCACAUACACGAAAUAAUCAUUAGUCGAGUUUUUGUUAAGCUUAUGCCACCGUCCACUGGACCAGAUAUAGUUUUAUUUAAACGGUUUUCAAGUAAUCGGAUAUAUAUAUAUUAAUAAAAAUUCAUAUAGUACUAUGAUUACAGAUGAUGAAUUGUUUAAAAAAAUAAAAUCAAAUGUACAAAAUAUUAUUGAAUUUUGUGAAAAGCAACUUAAAAUUAAUCAUUCACGUGAUGAUUACAAAGAAUUAUUGGAGUUAUGUUUAUUGUGUGUUGGAAGGAAACACUCGGGAAUAAUUAGUUUUAGAUCUCCUGGAGCUCUUCAUCGAGCUAGAUGGAUGGCUAAAAUAAUAUAUUGCUUAAAAAUUUAUAUGUUUCGAGACCAAUUUUAAUUGACACCUGAUGAACUUAAAGGUAUACAAGAAUUUAAUUUAUUUAUUUUAAAAAUAUAUAUACAUUUUUGGUUUACAUGUUGUUGUGCAGCUAUUGCUCCUCAAAAUGAUCUUAAUUUAUUAACUCAACUUAAAGAUUACAGUAAAAUUAAUAAGAUUAUAAGUGACGUAGGUGUAAAAGAUUUUUUUGGUCAUUUAUGGUACCUCAGUGAAACACUUGUUGGACUAGCUUUUUUUGACAACGAUUUAACAAAUACAGAAAAACAAAAUGGUAAAAUCCUUAAAUAAUAAAG